AUGUCUCACAGCAGCAACAAAUGUGGGCUAGAUUAUGGUCGCGCCUCCUCGCACUCCCUGAAGUAUUUCUACUCCUCCAUCUCGGAGCCCAGUCAGGGGCUGCCCCAUUUUGUCUCUCUGGGGUACGUGGACGGUCAGGUCUUUGCUUACUAUGACAGCAACAGCCGGAGGGAGCAGCCUCGAGUCUCCUGGAUGGAGAAGGUGGGGAAGGAGGACCCCCAAUACUGGGACAGGAACACCCAGAUAGUCCGUGGCACUGAGGAGACGUCCAGAGAAAACCUGGAGAUUCUGAGGCUUCGCUACAAUCAGAGCGAAGGCCUUCACAUAAUACAGGAGAUGUAUGGCUGUGAGCUCCAGGCUGAUGGGAAAAAAGGAGGAUUUGAUCAGUUUGGCUACGAUGGGAGGACCUUCCUCACGUUUGACAAGGAGAGACUCACCUGGGUGGCUCCCCAACCCCAGGCCCAGAUCACCCAGAGGAAAUGGGAUGCUAUUCCAGGACAUAAUCAAAUGUAUCAGUCCUACCUGGAGAAGGAAUGCGUUGAGUCGCUGCAGAAGUACCUGUCCUACGGGAAGGAGAUGCUGCUGAGGACAGAGNCCCCAGAGGUGACCAUGAGCAGCAAGACGGAGGUGGAGGAUGGGAUGGAGACGCACGUCUGUCGCGUGGAUGGCUUCUACCCCAGGGAGAUCGAUGCCUCCUGGACGAGGGACGGGGAGGUCUGGCUGCAGGACACCCUCCGUGGCUCCGUGGCCCCAAAUGCUGAUGGGACCUAUCACCGCUGGCUCAGCAUCCAGAUUGAUCCCAAAGACAGGAGCCGCUAUCGGUGCCAUGUGGAGCACGACGGCCUGGAGGAGCCUCUGGACGUGGCCCUGGAGGAACCAAAAUCCAACGUGGGGAUCAUCAUCGGCGUUGUGGCUGGUCUUGUCCUGCUGUGUGUGAUUGUUGUUGGGAUCUGGUUUUUCAAGAGACGUCAUGACUACAAAAAAGCAGCAACAAGUGAGGAAGGAUCCAACAGUUCCAGCCAGG